UCAAAUCUUGAUGUAACAAAAAAACAUAAUAUAAUAGUUAUUUAACAACUAUCAUGGACCAGCCGGGGUCCGUAAUAUGGACAUUCUGGUUUUUAUGCCUAUUUGUGGUAUAUAGGCCAGUCAACACAAACUUUAUCAAGUUCAGACCGUUCUAUGAGUACCAGUAUAAUUUCCAAUCGGAUUCAGACGUCAAAGACCUCGGAAAGUUUAGAGUUGAUGCAAAGAUCAGUUACACUAACAUAGAGGAUACAGAUGCUUACCAGGAAAUAUUACUAAAAGUCUACACCUUUACAUUCACGGCAAACCAUGGAUCAGGUUCUUCCGGCCAUGACAUGGAUCUCUCCAAAUGGUUUUCUUUUGAAAUAACGCCAUAUGGAGAGAUUUUGAAAGUUUAUCAUCCUAAUGAAGAAGAUGAAGUAUUGGCCACAAAGAAAGGAUUUGCUGCUCUGCUUGCUUCUAAACUGCACGGGAAACAGCAGGUAUAACAUAUAUAACAUUGUUCAAACUACAAUAAACAGACGCUGUCAGACAGUUUGAGACUAAUUCGAUAUUAAAGUAAACUGAAAAUUAUCAGUACAUAAUUGAAACAAGGACCUGGUUAUUCCAUAUUCAUGAUUACGUACGUCAUUUUGACUGUUUUGUACUUAGACAUGCAGUUUAAUUGUAACAGUAAAUUCGGUCCGGUAGUAAAAUUUGUCCGCCGGACUUUUUUUCCUAGGUAAUCAACCAUGACCAUAAUUUUACUAGGAAUGUAAGUCACUGGGUAAAUUUUCCUA